AUGGGUUUGUUACAACCUGUACCCCCAAAUAGGCAAAACCCAGAGUCACCAUCUUACCAACCUGGUGCCCGAUGUGCCUAUCACUCUGGAGUGGAAGGGCAUGACACUGAGAGCUGUUGGACUUUGAAAAGGGUUGUUGAAAACCUCAUAGAACAAAAGCGGAUAGUGUUAAAGGACGAAGACAUUCCUAAUGUGACCAACAACCCGUUACCGGCUCACAACAAUGGAUCGAUUAUUGGGAUGAUCUGCGAAGAUAAAGAGUUUGAUUCUGUCUUGAAAGCCAUCAUUGCAAUCGCCGACAUUGAGAAAAAUCCCAAGACGUAUGCAAAACAAGAAAAGGGGGACAAGAAGAGUAAAACCCCCCCUCAAAACACAGAAAAAGCAGUGGAAACCAAAACUGAGGUAGUGCCCUCAAAAGAUGCCGUCCUUUAUGUUCCCCGAGGUUCGAAGAAAGGACAAGUAACAUUGAGCCCUCCAAGAAGCUUUGAACUGAACAAAGGAUCUAAAAUGUACGUGCCCAAAGGGACCUAUGCGGAACGGGGGCCAAUAAUUUCACCGAGGCUGAAUGAGCCCGUGAUUAUUGGACGCGCGCCGCAGAGGCCCAUGACAGAUCCUACUACCGUCCCAUGGAAUUAUAACAAGGCGGUAGUAACCUACAAAGGAAAAGAAAUCCUGGGAGGAGUAAAUGAAGCUAACCCAACUGAGAAAUACCUCAACCUGGAGGAGUUGAGUGAUUCUACAAAGAGGCGUUUUCCACCCAAAAAACCCGUCAGUGCCGAGGAAGCGGAAGAGUUUUUCAGGAAAAUGAAAACUGCGGACUACGAGAUAAUUGACCAACUCCGAAAGUCUCCCGCUCAAGUCUCGUUGUUGUCCCUACUGAUGAAUUCAACUGAGCAUCAGAAAGUGUUGAUCAAGACCCUCAACGAAGCUUACGUCCCAAUUGAAACUACCAUAGAACAGCUAGAGAGGAUGGCGGAAAAAUUCUUCAUGAUCAAUCAGAUUUCCUUCAGCAAAAAUGAUCUUCCCCCGGAAGGGUCCGCCCACAAUAAAGCCCUCCACCUAACGGUUAAAUAUGAAGGGUACUAUGUGAAGAGGGUCAUGCUGGAUGGCGGGUCCGGAGUAGAUAUCUGUUCCCUUUCGACUCUGCAAAGAAUGGAGAUCGAGACAGGAAGAAUCAGGCCCAACAGCGUAUGUGUUCGUGCCUUUGACGACAUCAAAAGGGACACCCUAGGCGAGAUCGAUUUGAUUUUGACUAUCGGACCUGUGGAUUUUGAGGUGACCUUUCAGGUUUUGGAUAUGGAUACUUCUUACAAUUUCCUUUUAGGAAGGCCUUGGAUUCAUGCGGCGGAAGCCAUACCUUCUACUCUCCACUAG